UUUUACUCCAGGCUGCAACCACACCACAUGGUACGUGGGCAGGAAGCAAGGCUCCAGGCAUCUUGACAGCUGUGUCGCUUUACUUCCUCGCGAGCUUUGUGCCAUCGUAGUGCUCUUCACAGGAGACGCUUCAUAGCAACGAACUAUCUUUCCACUUGUUAUAUUUUUUCCUUGAACUCUUCUACACUGCUGUUUCUCUCCUGUCGACCAACAACUGAUGUUCCGUUGUUCUGCUCCGCAUCUGGAUAAGGGUUUAGAAGAUUCCUCUUCGCUAAUAGAUUACCCACUGACCGAAGAUAUUAUUGCACCACCUGUCUGGAUUUUUUGUGGAAGCUUUUCAUUGUCCAGCCCCAAAGCCCCAGCGAAUGAGAAGGAGUGCCCAAUGAGCACCAUGAGUAGUGAGGCCUCCAACUACACAGGCGGCUCAGACUACGCUACUCACCCCAGUAGCCCCGCAGCAAGACCCUCAAGAUCCUCUAAAAAAAAUCACAACUUUGGGAAGAGAUUUAACUUGAUAAGAAGGAACCCCAAUGCAGCGGAAAUCAAGAGUAACUGGCUUUACAAACUGGACAGCACGGGGAUGAAGCUAUGGAAGAAGAGGUGGUUUGUGCUGUCAGAUAUGUGCCUGUACUACUACAGAGAUGAGAAAGAGGAGGGUAUCCUCGGCAGCAUCCUCCUGCCUAGCUUUCAUAUAUCUAUGCUGUCUGUCGACGACCACAUCAACAGGAAAUAUGUCUUCAAGGCGACACAUCCCAACAUGCGAACGUACUACUUUUGCACAGACGCAGCCAAAGACAUGGAGUCAUGGAUGAAGGUGAUGACAGACGCUGCGCUGGUGCACUCAGAGCCUAUCAAGAGCAGGUUAAUACAAGUAGAACAGUGCCGUCCUCAGGACUUCAGUAACCACAUUACCCAGAACCACCGAACAGUCCUAACCCGACCAGUGAUCCAGAACAACAAGCGGAACCAAGCUGAGGCUGAGCAGGAACAGGAACUUUACACCGUUGCUGCCAUAACCAAGGUAACCUCCACCGAGGAGAAGGGGAACAGGAAGCAGUGUGACGCGGAGCGCUACGGUUUCCAGAAAGAAGGAGCAGAGAGAGACCGUCCGCUUACUAAGAUCAACAGCAUCAAACCUCAGCCGGACAAAGGAAGCAGCUGUUGCUUCCAAACUAACCGAACUAAGGGGGUGAAUGGGUCCAGGGACCGGAGCCCAGGGGAGAUGAUGGCCCACCACGAGCCCCACCAGACCCCCUCCAUUCUGGGCAGCAUGACCACUACCACUCCUACCCCCCAGUACCCCCAGCAAGAGCCUGAGCCCAGGGCCCUGACCAGGACCAGCUCCAUGCAGCAGUUGGAACAGUGGGUCCGCACACAGAGAGUACGCAACCAGGACGACGACACUAGAAGUGUCAUGUCGUACCAGACCCUGCCUAGGAACAUGCCCAGCCACCGGGCACCUCCAGUCAUGCCCCACUGUGGGGACCCUGGCUACCGUACCUUACCCAGGAACAGCAUGGUGCGGCCGGACAGUAUCUGCAGCAUGUCCCCUACCAUAUACGACCAGGCCCUAGGCAUGGGGCUGGGUCUGGGGAUCUCGCCUGCAGACAAGAGGCGCUCCAUGAGGGACGACACCAUGUGGCAGCUGUACGAGUGGCAGCAGAGAAUGGGCUACACUCCCAGCCCCAGGCCGACGUCGUCCACGCCCGGGCCGUAUGGGACCCUGCCCAGCCCCAAGACCAUGAUCAACUUGUCUGAGCACCAGGGUGACAGUCACCAAUCUAUCCAAUCUAUCCCCCCCUCGCCUUCCCACGGCUCCUUGUCCAUGUACGGAGGCUACUCGCCCCUCCGCUCCUCCUACAACCACAGCUCCACUGGUUCAGAAGUGGGCUUGGCUGUAUACCAGGGGGAUAUCACUAUAGACAGGAGACACAGCAGGACAUCACACCUCAAUAAGUAUGCCUACCCGCCUGACAGGAGGCCAAUGCCAGCUGGGAUCCCUGUCCAGACCAUCACUGCCCAAUCUCUGCAAGGCAAAACAGUGGACAAGUGGUUAAAUAACAUAUCCAGGAGGAGGAGUUGGAAGUGGAGAACCUCUCAGCUCCCCCGUGGCCACCCUUACCCCAGGCCUACGAGCCGGACCAGCCCAACCUCCCUGUCCUCUCCGGUUACCACCAUCUGGCGACCGCCACAGCCACCACAUCGGGGUCCCGAGGAUAGGGACCGGAAAGCCGGCCAGAGGAACGGAACACACAGCGGUCCAGACUACAGGCUGUAUAAGAGUGAACCAGAGCUCACCACUGUAGCUGAGGUGGAUGAGACCAACGGAGAGGACAGAUCUGAACAGUCUGACAGAGACCCCUCUGACACCAAAGGAUUGUCAUACCCCGUUGGCAUCAUUCCCCCCAGAACCAAAUCUCCCAUAAUACUUUCACCUGUACCACGGGUCCAGCCAUGGUUCCGGGUAGAAGCCAUGCCCGGACUGGGCAUCGGCACAGAGGAGGGCCCUGGUCAUGGAGCUGGGUUGUACGCCGCACCCAGACUGGGCCCCGGCGCCGAAGAAGGCUCCUCCCAUGGAGCAGGACCGGACGCCAUGCCUGGACUGGACAUCGGUGCAGAGGAAGGCUCCUGCCAUGGAGCGGAACCGGACGCGUGCCUGGACUGGAACCGUCGUCAGCGUGACGAGGUGAUGAGCAGUGACAUCUUGGAGUUGGAGGCGUCACUCAGAGAACAGGUAGUGUUCAGAGAGCAGGAGACACCUGCCGAGGAAAUAGCACGACUCUAUGAGGCCUCGCACACUGACCACUACAACAUGGACAGAGAGUUGUCAGUCCCUGAGAAGGUGUUGAUUCCAGAGCGUUAUGUAGAGUCAGAUCCAGAGGAGGCUCUCAGCCCAGAGCAGGAGGCUGGCAAACAGAAGAAGGUGGACCGUAUUAAAGCCCUCAUCGCCAAAAACAGGAGGAGGCUACAGCUCAAGAUGAUCAACAUCUCCUAUGAACUGGCUGCUGAGGCUUCCAAACGCAGCAAGCUGGUCGCAGAACUUCCCGCAACUUGUUUUGUUUUUGCCAUUGUGUGUGUGAUCAUGUGUGUAUGGUCCACGUGCGUCCUGUGUGGUCCUGUGUGGUUUGCAGUGCACAGCUUGUCCUCCUCCUCACCGCUUCCUGAGCCCCAACCUUCCUCAUCUCCACCUCCUAACACACAACCACCACCCCAGCUCACUGAUGGGUCCCACUUCAUGUGUGUGUAAUAGGAGUGGCAUCAGUAAUUCCCAGGCCCUGGCUUCAGUGAAGACCUACAGGUGAGAGAUGUGAUGAGGAGGCUCCUGUUUGCUGUAAAGAAGACCUCUACACAAGGACAUGAUACACCCAGCACAAAGUGUAGACCAAGAGAACUGUACUCGACAGACAGAUAGUUGGACCACGCCAUGAGCUGGGCCUUAUAUGCUGUCUGCUCAAUCUAUGCCUCACUGUGACAUCACAUCCUCCUGUGCCAUGGCGUCACUUCCUGUGAUGUCAUCACAAUUUGACGUCAUCACCACCACAAUCUCCACUCUCCCUCCCUUGCCCCAUGGGAUCACAACUUUGCAACAAAAAACACAAUAAUAAGACAUCGAUACUGUUGUUUGCUGUUGGAGUAGUUUGUUUCAUUGUCGUAAUUUAUAUUGUUUGGAGUUUGUUUGAAUAUGACUGAUGUGUGUGUCAAGAAUAUAUGGACUGAACCCUUCUGUGAUGAGGAUGGCACACUGUUAUGCCAUUGAUUCUUUCAUAGUUUAAGAGUUCCACUGUUCAGCAUUGUUUCAUAACUCUUAUUGCAUUUCAGUUCAUUUUUGAGUUCGUAUUGAGUUUACAUUUUAGUUUAAUCCCAGAAUUACCCUCAAUCUACACACAAUACCCUAUAAUGACAAAACAAAAAUAGGUUUUCAGAAAUGUUUGCGAAUGUAAAAAAAAAAAAAAAAAAAA